AGCUCCAGUGUUCUGAUUGGUUAAUUCUCCUGUUCCAGAGUUCCUGUUCCUGGGAUGGAGACUCACAUUCCUGUCGUCUUCUGCGACCUUAGUGCUGAUGAUUUCCAGGACAACCUGUCUGCUCCGCUGGCUGGAGGUCUAGACGCCAUGCUGAACCAGGAGGAAGAGGAUGAGUUCUUCGACCUGCACAUCGUCAAACAUUCCGAUGAGAGGUUGGUGCGGAGGCGUCUUGGGACUCUACGGUACACGACUGUCCCAGUUGAGUCGCAGUGUGUCGGCUGACCUUCGAGUGUACCUGACAGUCAGGGUCGUAGUUCAGCUCUCACACCCUGCUAAUAUGCAGCUGGUCCUCAGAAAACGCAUCUGUGUCAACCUAGCCGGACGACAGGGUUGGGGUCAGAGUCUGAUGAAGAGGAUGUCUCAUCGCAGCACCAUCCCUGGCUGUGGAGUCACCUUCGAGAUCGUCUCCAACAUACCCGGGGAUGUCCAGGGUCCAGAGGACAGAGAGAUGCUGGCCAGACUAGCAGCUAGUGUGGAUGUUCAGGAUGUCCAGUCAGCGGACAGUGAGGCGGCCAUAGAGAAGUACCUCCGCAGUGUCCUGGCUGUGGAGAACAUACUCACCCUGGACCGACUACGACAGGAAGUUGCAGUGAAGGAGCGGUUGUCUGUCAAGACCAAGUCUCCCAGACGUGCUCUCAGCUCUCCUAAUGUGAACCGGCUGUCAGGAUCCUGGAGCAGACAGGACCUGUCCUCCAACCACAGGCUACAUGACAACAAGGGCUGGUCCGAGAGUCACCAGGACCUGUCAGUUGUUCCUCCCCCGUCCCACUCCAGACGUACCCUCCCCAGCUCCAUCCUACCUCUGGGCCAGAACAUCCUCCCUGACACUGGUCUCUCACGGCGUGCUCGUGCUGCCUAUUAUUUCUCCCCAGUCAAGGCUCUGGUCCCUCCUGUCCCCAAACUGCUCAAGUCCCUGUUCUCCGCCAGGGAGGAGAAGAGAGACCUGACUCCUGUCCCCCAGCAGCCUGUCCCUCGGAGCCUGCCUUUCAUCAUAGUGCAGUCACCAAGUGUUGAAGAGGACUUGGAUACCACACUUGGUCGUCACUUGAAAAAUAUGAAGAAAAUAAUGCAGGUUCCCAUUGGGGAAAUCAUCCCGCCAGAGAGCCAAUCAGAGGCCCCAAAAACCAUGCCCCUCCCACCACCCAUCAUCCCGCUCAUCAUCCCUGAGAUGGAAGACCCCGUCCCCAGCCCGGUCAGCGAGGCGUCUACCAGCGUCUCCACGGCAACCCUGUCAGAGCCCUACCUGAUUGGUGGGGACGUCACUCCGUCAGCCAAUCUCAGGCCAGAUGGCUUUGAGGCGUUGCACAGGUCGUUCGAGGCAGACAUCGGUCGGUAUCUUCAUCAUGACUGUAACAUGGCCGACCAGGAGGAAGAGGAGGAGACUCCUCAGAUACCUCAGGCCACUGACCUGGAGGCUUCAGAGACCGAGAGGACUGACACUAGCACACCCCAGGCAGACAGGACUGACACUAGCACACCCCAGGCAGACAGGACUGACACUAGCACACCCCAGGCAGACAGACUGGCACUAGUACACCCCAGGCAGCAGGACUGACACUAGUACACCCCAGGCAGACAGGACUGACACUAGUACACCCAGGCAGACAGGACUGGCACUAGCACACCCCAGGCAGACAGGACUGCACUAGCACACCCCAGGCAGAAGGACUGACACUAGCACACCCCAGGCAGACA